AUCCCAUUGAAAACACCAGACGGAUUCAGUUAAAAAGGCUACAAUUGCGGCAGGUUGAAACUACAGAUUUAUGAAACGAAAGAAUCACACUGCAUAGAGGAUUCACAUAUUUUAAUAAAAAUUGCUGAACACGAACUGAUGCCGCUAUGCUCGCCAAACAUUUAAAAUAAUUGUUUGGAUUUGCGAAAACAUAACCUGGAUGCUGAUUGGCUUGAGUUCGCGCGAGCGUGUUUUUAGUGGUCCUUCCUCACGUCACACAAACCCUUCGGCGACUUCUGUCUUUACUCACUGCCCUCCUCCCCAUAGCUUUGCCUUUUGAAAUUAAUGCGGUGCGCUUAGGCUUUACGUUCCUAUUCAGGCUAAACACGGGGAAUUUUGACAGUUCGCGUUACAGCCUGAUCCCAGAAGUUAAGUACACGAGUUGGAGAGCCACAACGUGCCAAAGGGUCCAUCCAGUUUGUCGGAGAGAAUAAGGAAAUACACGGCAAUACCUGGGAAUAGAGCACAUUCAGCGUGGGAUAGUACACUCAAGCAAUGGAGGAGUUGGUGUCAGAGCUGCGGAUAUUCUUGGAGCUCUUGGACCGCGAAUAUCUCACCGCCUCUGUACGUGAAAAGAAGGCUCUGAUCUCCAACAUUCUCAACAGGGUACUAGCAGAAAAAGAGCCCUCGUACAAGUCAGAGAUUCACAGCAGUCUUCCAGCCCCUCCACAGAUGCCUCUUCCAGAAAUCCCUCAUCCUUGGCUGCCCCCAGACAAUGGGCCGCCACCAUUACCCAGCUCCUCCCUCCCGGAGGGUUAUUAUGAAGAAGCUGUUCCUCUAAGCCCUGGGAAAGCCCCUGAAUACAUCACCUCUCAUUAUGACUCGGACGCUAUGAGUAGCUCAUACGAGUCGUAUGAUGAGGAAGAGGAGGAUGGGAAGGGGCAGAAGAUGAGGCACCAGUGGCCAUCAGAGGAGGCCUCCAUGGACCUGGUCAAAGAUGCUCGCAUCUGUGCCUUCCUGUUGCGCAAGAAGCGCUUUGGACAGUGGACCAAGCUGCUCUGUCUCAUCAAAGACAACAAGCUACUGUGCUAUAAAUCUUCGAAAGACCAAACUCCACAAAUGGAGCUCGUUCUCACAGGGUGCAGCAUCACUCACAUCCCCAAAGAUGGCAAGAAGAAGAAGCACGAGCUGAAAAUCACCCACCAAGGAGCAGACGCACUGGUUCUGGCAGUACAGAGCAAGGAGCAGGCAGAGGAGUGGCUGAAGGUCAUUAAGGAUGUUUGUUACAACAGCAAUGGAGUGAUCGACUCAGAUGGAGCCUCCAGUUCUCCAGUGCACAAAGCUGAACUGGAAAAGAAAUCAUCUUGUGACAGGCCAAGUUCUGAUGGGGAGUGGAACGUUGAAAAUGGCGUUGCUGAUGGUAAAGAGCAAGGUAAAGGGAAGAAGAACUCCAAGGCAGAUCAAAAGGGUCCAGUGAGUAAAGUCACUGGCAAGAAGAUCACCAAAAUAAUGGGCCUUGGGAAGAAGAAGCCAUCUACGGAUGAGCAGACCUCUUCCGCAGAGGAGGACGUACCCACCUGUGGUUACCUGAACGUGCUGUCCAAUAACCGCUGGAGGGAGCGCUGGUGCCGGCUCAGAGACAACCAGUUGAUUCUCCACAAGGACCGGAGUGACCUGAAGACGCACAUGGCCUCCAUCCCACUCAGAGGUUGUGAGGUCAUCCCUGGCCUGGAUUCCAAACACCCGCUGGCUUUCCGGCUGCUGCGUAAUGGACAAGAAGUGGCAGUGCUGGAGGCUUUGUCUUCAGAAGGAAUGGGCAGGUGGCUUGGAGUUCUGUUGGCAGAAACAGGCUCAACAACAGACCCUGCUGCACUGCACUAUGAUUACAUUGAUGUGGAAACCACUGCAAAUGUCAUACAGCUGGCAAAGCAAUCAUUCUGCUUUACCAACAGACGUGCCACUUCUCCUAACCCUUAUCUGGAUAACCCUGUAAAUGGCUAUGCCUGCCCCUCAGGAGUGGCUCUCCAUUACGACGAUGUCCCCUGUGGAAAUGGAUUGGAUCCUGAGGACACACACAGGACUCCUGCUAGCAGGUGCUGGAGGGAGGAGGGGUUGUAUGAGAACGCUGACCUGUAUGAAAACAUGCCCUCGCCAAAGCUUGCAGCUCGAUACACCCCCAAGUCUAGCAAGCUUUCUUCUGCUGAGAAACAGGAAGCUAGUCAUUACAAAACUCCUGUUUCCUCCAAAGUGUCCUCUUCACGCCCUGUCACUAACACUGCUUCUGCUGGGAGGGCUUCCACUGGUACAAGCUCUCAGUUCAAAGGAAAGAAAAUUCCUGUGACCAAUGGAGUGGGAGGAAAACAGAAAAUGGAAAAAACGCAGCAGAAAAAGCAAAAUGGAAGCCUGCCAAUUAAGCGCACAAACUCAAACACAGAUCAGUAUAAAUAUGGUAAGAACAGGGUUGAGGCUGAUGCAAAGAAACUACAGGCAAAAGAAGAGGAUAUGUUAAAGAAGAAGCAGGAAAUUCGCAACCGCCUUACACAACUGAAGAAGGAGCGGCGAGACCUCAGAGCUGCCCUUGAAACCUGUACAGGCAAGAAAUCGCAAGCUGUUCUCGAGGACAAGCUGAAGAGGGUGGAUGAGGAGUGUAAGAAGAAGGAGGAGGAGCGUGUCAAUCUGGAGCUGGAGCUGACGGAGGUCAAGGAGAGCUUGAAGAAAGCCAUGAAUGGCGGCAUCACGUUGGGGCUGACAAUUGAGCCAAAGUCAGGGACCUCCAACCCUCAGUCACCUGUGUUCAUGCGGCGGACCCUAGAUAAUUCCCCGGCCUCCAGCUGUGACACCAGCGACACUGAGACCUCCUCCCUGCCAGUGAACAGCGCUUCCUUGCUGAGGCGGCAGUCGUCUCAGACCACCUCCCCAGUCCGCGGCCACGUUCUCCGAAAAGCGAAGGAGUGGGAGAAGAAAACCGGGACAUAAUCAAGAUUUUCAAUACCUCCGUGAUUGAUCCUUUUAUUUAUUUUCAGCAACAGUCAAACAGUAAGAAGGAUUUCUGAAAAAACAAUAUGGAUACCAAAUGGACCGUAAAGGACAAUGGUGAUAUAUACAACAUUAUAAAUCUAAGAAGGAAAAACGUCCUUAUCGUAUUUGUUUUUUAAUACCGGUUAUUACUACCAGCAUGCUUGUGUCCUUCUUUCCCAUUAUAAAAGUCUGUGGCCAUUGUGUUAUUGACCUGAAAAAAGUCAGUGACUAUCCAUUCUUUUUUGGAAUUUAAACAUGCCAAAUGAAAAGACAUUAUUCUUCACUUUUUAAGCUUGUCAACUGUAGCUCGUCAAAAUUGGUCAAAAUUCCUUAAAAUAUUUAUUUGUAAAUGUUUAACUAAAUAUCAAGUUCCCUUUCUUAUUUAUAUUAUUAUUUAAAGCUUUUGGUGCAGAUCAGGCCUCCCUGAGAUUAUUUCACUAUGGGUGGAAGUGUGUUAAAAUACUGAAGCCAAAAUUCUGAGAGCAUAUAAUGGGCAUGGUGUAAUGCUGAACCAUUGGAACUGGAAUUAAACAUUUUUUCCCUGUUAGUCUGGGUUCUUACUUCAUCCAGCAUAUGCUGGAAAUUAGAUACUUUCUAAUUUGAUAAAAACCUUUUUGAUAAAAACUAAGUAGAUUUGUCUUGGGAGAAAUACACCUUGUGUUUUACACUUUGGGUUUUAAAAGGCUGGAUUUCCUGUUAAGAAUUUAUGCAGAUUGUUUCCAAUGUAUUUUGCCAUUGUCAGGCAUUGCUUUAUUCAUCACACUGGUUUAGCCUACAUUCUAGGCUUAUGGUGCAUAUGUUAAUUUUUGGCACAUUCCAAUACUGCUCUUAUCACUGUAAUCUGUGUAAGAAUAAGUAGUACCUUUUUUACACUGUUAAAAUGUCAAUGCAUAAAAGUAGAAACUGAUGAAAAAGAGUCAGCUUUGUAUAUUAGAAAAACUGUAAUGCAUAAUCCAAUUAAAACAGAUGUAAAACAGAAAUAGCAACGAAGUAUUUCACUUCACUCACUGCAGUUACGCAAAAUGGUUUUCAACUUUCAGGCACUUAGAACAUUAGAGUCUGGACAACUCUUUAUAAACAUCUGAGGAAGUUAUUUCUUUCUCCUGUUUUACUUUACAUACAUUUGUCAACUAGAUACAGUUCAGGAUAUUAUAGUACAGCUGCAGAAUGUGGUUCUGCUGUCAUAUUUGCCUACUAGUGUUGCCUAAAUUACAGUGCCUACGAUAAAUUUACUGUAGUUAUUGGUCUUUUUGGUGGAUUUUCUUGAUACAUAAGAGCCUUUUAGUCCUUUAAAUUACAGACUACUACAGUAUUAUAGAGCCCCAUUUAUCAGCUCUUUCAAGACAAAAAAGCAUUUUGUGUUAUUCAGGAGUGAAGCUUACUCUUUCUGUGUGAAACAUAGUAGCACUUCAAAUGGAAAAGUUGUACUGUACUUGUACUGUAUAAUGUGUUCAGUUUAUAAAGUAUCUUUAGAUGAUUUGUCUAGAUAUCUGCAUCUAGAAUGGUAUUACUGCAAACAGAAUUUUGUAAUGUACAUUUUUCUUUCUCACUGACCUUUUAAAAAGAAAUCACCAAAACAUGAAACAAUUAUUUUUAAGUUAUUUAAUUUGUUUAAGUAUUAUUUAAGUGUAUACAUAAAGUAAUUGCCACAGACUUCAAUUCUUCAGAAUGUCAAGUGUUAACAUUCAUGUUUGUAAAUAUUUUUCUUUCUUCUCUGCUAUCCAACUAUUUUUUGGGGGUCCCAUGUCUCUGCAAACAAGUAUUAUUCAAAUCUGUUCUGUGCAGUAUCUGAGAUUUGAGGGUUGAAAAGUGCAUUGCCUUGGCAAGUGUUCAGUCAUACCCAACAUUGUACCACAAGAAGCAAUCCUGACAUUCCUGUCUGGUUGUAUUGUUUUGGAGACAUUUGGAUAAUCCUAAAACAAACUGAGGGUACUUUUGUUGGGCAAUCUGAAAUUGGCUUCAGGGAUUGUAACCUUAGCAGUUAUUUUCCUUGCCUUCUUGAAAUCAUGUUUUAAGAAGGCAGAGUGAAUAAGGAAAGCAGUACAAGGCAUGGUACCAGAAUCUCAGUCAAAAGCAGAAGAGAUGGAUGUGAUAAAUGUGAAAACUAUGUAAAUAGUUGGAGAAAAGACACUUUUUUUUGUUUGUUUUGCACCUUAAUGACUUAUUCCAUGUAUUACCCUCAAUGACAGACACCGACUUGGUGGAAAACAUCUGUAUAGAAAUAAUAAAGAUAAACUGUUUCAAAA